AUAUAGUACGAUAAGGUACGAGUCGGAAAGUCGUCUGCGAGUAGGGGUUCGAGACUGUUGUUUUUCGUUUGGUUAACGAAUAUAAGAACGACUCAUAAUCAAGCAACAUGUCGAUCCCGCUGAGCGGUACGGUGAAGCGAUCGGCCGGUGUCUACAGUGCGUUGAGCAAACAGUUGAGGGGGGUAAAUUUGAAGCCUGUAAAGAAGAUCUCCAUCUCGUUUGACCCUUUCGGCAGCAAAACCGGACCGACGAGAUCGUUAAUGUAUUACCUGACUGGGCCAAAAAUCGCAAACACUAAUCCAAACUGUCGUGUGAAAGCUCAAGUACUAUGCGAUCGCUCUGAACCGUCUGUCACCUUCAAUCUGAACAGCGGAGAAAACAUCAUUUUCAAAACUUCGAAUCUGACGGUUUUGGAGCUCCUGCAGCUCUUCAACAAAUACAUAAGCAGUCAGGCGCCAGUCGAAGAACCGGUCGUUGAAUUGAAAACUAAAUCAGAAAAGAAGCGGCGAUAGAUAACCCUAUCAUUAUAAUAAUUGCCGUCUGUAUCUGAUCCGAUUCUUUCUCUUCUUGUUCAUACAUAGGACGUAAUUAUUAGACGUAAAUAGAAAGUUAGAAAAUAUUAUAAUAUUACAAAGUAAACGUGUGGACAAGAAAAAACAAACAAACUAAAAACAGAACAGAAAAUAUUCAUUUGUAAGUAAAAAAAAAUCCCUAUUUCGUUUUCCACACGAUCCGAUAUUUUUCUUCUUCUUCAUCUACUUGUUUCUUCAAGUUUUCCAAAUUUACGCUGUCAAGUCCAGGAGUGGUGUAAAUUACAGUUUGAAUCGUUUCGAGUGUUCUCGAAUUUUCAAUUUUCAAUUUUUGUACCACCCAAAGUGAAACAAACGCUGGUGAAAAUGGCCGGACGUUCAGGGAGUAA